CAGCAGUCUUCUGGGAUCUGUCAUGUCCACAGUCUCCGGUCAUCUCCUGUAGUACGUCCGCAGUCUCCGGUCAUCUCCUGUACUGUGUCCGCAGUCUCCGGUCAUCUCCUGUACUGUGUCCGCAGUCUCCGGUCAUCUCCUGUACUGUGUCCGCAGUCUCCGGUCAUCUCCUGUACUGUGUCCGCAGUCUCCGGUCAUCUCCUGUACUGUGUCAGCAGUCUCCGGUCAUCUCCUGUACUGUGUCCGCAGUCUCCGGUCAUCUCCUGUACUGUGUCCGCAGUCUCCGGUCAUCUCCUGUACUAUGUCCGCAGUCUCCGGUCAUCUCCUGUACUGUGUCCGCAGUCUCCGGUCAUCUCCUGUACCGUGUCCGCAGUCUCUGGUCAUCCCCUGUACUGUGUCCGCAGUCUCCGGUCAUCUCCUGUACUGUGUCCGCAGUCUCCGGUCAUCUCCUGUACUGUGUCCGCAGUCUCCGGUCAUCUCCUGUACUGUGUCUGCAGUCUCUGGUCAUCUCCUGUACUAUGUCUACAGUCUCCGGUCAUCUCCUGUACUGUGUCUGCAGUCUCCGGUCAUCUCCUGUACUAUGUCCGCAGUCUCUGGUCAUCCCCU